UUUUGGUUUUUGUUUUUUAAUAGCACACAAGAUUUUCUUGAAAAUAUCUGUGUAGAUAAACAGUCAUGAUAGUGUGAAACUUUUGCUUGCAGGCGAAUUGGUUUUAGGAAUUACAAAACCUCCUACUGUUAAAUUAAAUAAGUUUAGGUGUCUAUGAUGUUCGAACCAAGUUCGAGACUCCUCUUCAUUAACACACUGAUCCUGUGUACGCUUCUUUUCCUUCAAAUACCUGAUAUUCAAGCACAAGUCGGACAUCUUCCUCCAAGCGAAGUGGAUGCUCUUCACGAAAUAGCUAAGCAACUAGGAAAAGAGGAUUGGAAUUUUAGCCUUAACCCAUGUGAUGGAAAUGCCAACUGGAGAACACCUACUUUAAAUUCUCAGAUGUUCAACAACGUUGUUAACUGUACUUGCUCCCCUGAUGAUGCUUGUCACGUUGUUAACAUAUCUUUGAAGGGGCAGGAUCUGGCUGGUGUUCUCCCACCAUCGCUGGCAAAAUUACCAUAUAUUAAGUGGAUGCACCAUACCUAAUGAGUGGGCAUCAACUAAGCUGGUAUUCGUAUCUGCCUCGGCUAAUCGUUUGUCAGGAAGGAUUCCUGCAGUUAUAGGAAACCUAACUACACUUGAAUACCUGUUCUCUCUCUCUUUCAUAUGUUAAAUAAUAAAGGAAAUCAUAAAAAUAUACAAGUUGACCCAAAAGAUCAACAAAAUAGGCAUUGAUUUUUUUACAUUUGUUAAACUAAGCAAACCAAAACAACCAAUCCGAGAAGGACAAAUAAAAACCACUACAAAUACUUAGCCAUGUAGAAGUCAAUGCUUGUUUUGUUAAUUCUGGUGGUCAACUUGCCUAUUUUGCCAUUUUCCCUUAAUAAUAUUACGUACUUUAUGUUGGUUUUUAAUGGAUAAUUAAAUGAAUACCAGGACUCUAGAGAACAACAUGUUCUCAGGAAAACUUCCUGUUGAGAUUGGGAAACUAAAAAAUUUGAAGCUUCUGAUCCUGACUGCUAAUAAUCUUACUGGUGAAUUGCCAAUGGAACUUACUAGUCUGACCAACUUGACAGAACUCCGCCUGGAUAGCAACUACUUCAGUGGGCGAAUCCCAAACCUUGGAAGCUUAACACAACUUGAGAAAUUGGAGAUGCAAGGUAGUGGGCUGGAAGGACCAAUACCAGAAAGCAUUUCCCUUUUAACAAAGUUGACUCGACUAGCAAUCUCUGAUUUAAAUGGAGAAGGAUCUCAGCUGUUUCCAAAUCUCAGUAGCAUGACUAGUAUGAGAAAGUUGAUGUUGAGAGGAUGUAAUCUAAGGGGGUCUAUUCCUGGUUAUCUAUCACAAAUGUCCAACUUGCAGUAUCUAGAUCUCAGUUUCAACGAUUUGGGUGGAGAUAUACCAGAUCUAAGUGAUAUAGAUCUGGAAAAAAUGUAUCUGACUGGUAACUUCUUUAACGGCAGUGUUCCUAGCUGGCUCACAGAUGAAUUUGAUAAUGAACGUGAAGUAGAUCUUUCUUACAACAACUUCAGUGAUGUACCUCAAAGUUGUUAUGAACGAUUGAACUUAUUCAGAAGCUACACUAGCACAAAUGACUCAGACCUUGGCAAGUGCCUGAAAAGCCAUCCUUGCUUAAAGACUUACUAUUCAGUUCAUAUUAAUUGUGGCGGUCCGAAAGUUACCAUAGGAGAUAAGGUUUAUGAAGCAGAUCAAGAUCUAACUGGAGCUGCAAGAUUUCUUCCUUCAAAUGAUCAUUGGGGAACUAGUAACACAGGAAGUUAUUGGAAUAGGAAUCCCAAUGCAACCAUAAAUGAUUAUGUUGCAACCAACGUAUCUAUACUCAGUAUGAAAGACUCACAACUUUACACAGUGGCCCGUCGCUCACCAUUGUCUCUCACUUACUAUGGCCGUUGCUUAGCAAAUGGAAAUUAUACGGUGACUCUGCAUUUUGCAGAGAUAAUUUUCAGAGAGAGUCGAUCUUUCAAGGGACUUGGAAGACGUGUCUUUGAUGUUUAUGUCCAGGGUGUAAAUACCAUUAAAAAUUUUGAUAUUAAGAAUGAAGCAGGAGGGGUGGAUAAGGCAGUAAUAAAAACAUUUAACAACGUCCGUGUAACCAAUGGAACAUUAGAAAUUCGGUUCCAGUAUACGGGGAAAGGUACAACCGCAGUGCCAGAGAGAGGGUUGUAUGGCUCUCUGAUAUCUGCCAUUUCUAUGGAGUCUGAGUUUAAGCCUCUAGAGCUCAAGCAGAUUAGCCAUGGUAAAAAAAGAACAUUCCUAGUCAUUGGAGUUGUGGUUGCGGUAUUGCUACUCAUACUCACAGUUGUUGGUAUUGCAUGGAAGAAGGGUUAUAUUGGGAAUCAAAUAUCAAGGGAAAGAGGUCUAAGGGGAUCGGACGUGAAAACUGGUGUAUUUACUUAUAAACAAAUCAAAGCAGCCACGGAUAACUUUGCUGAAUCGAAUAAACUUGGUGAGGGUGGUUUUGGAUCCGUCUACAAGGGUGCACUACUAGAUGGAACGCUAAUUGCUGUGAAGCAACUCUCUUCAAAAUCAAAGCAAGGAAAUCGUGAAUUUGUUAAUGAAAUAGGGAUGAUAACUGGCAUACAACAUCCUAAUGUUGUAAGACUACAUGGAUGUUGUGCAGAACACAACCAACUAUUACUUGUUUACGAGUACAUGGAGAAUAAUUCUUUAGCGCAUGCUCUAUUUGAUCAGGAUGAAUCUAAGAUGGAAAUUGAUUGGCCUACAAGACAAAGAAUUUGUGUUGGCAUUGCAAGAGGCUUGGCAUUCUUACAUGAAGAGACGACACUGAAAAUGGUUCAUAGGGAUAUCAAGGCUGCAAAUAUACUACUGGACAGUGAACUUACUCCAAAGAUCUCAGAUUUUGGUUUGGCUAAGCUUAAUGAAAAAGAAAACACUCACAUUAGCACUAGAGUUGCUGGAACUCUAGGCUACAUGGCACCAGAAUAUGCAUUAUGGGGCCACUUAACCUACAAAGCCGAUGUAUUCAGUUUCGGGGUUCUUGCAUUAGAAAUUAUUGCUGGAAAAAACAAUAUGAAAUCUCGACCAAAUGAAGAUUAUGUUUCUCUUCUUGAUUUGGCUGUUGUUCUCAAAGAGAAGGGAACGCUGAUGGAUUUGGUGGAUCCAAGAUUAGGGUCUGAUUUCAAUAAAAUAGAGGCGGAGAGAAUGAUAGAAGUUUCUAUUUUGUGCACUAAUCAAUCCCCGGCUUUUAGGCCUACCAUGUCCGAAGUCGUGAAUAUGCUCGAGGGCCAUACAAUAAUAAAGGAGAUUGACAUGAGUAUAGGUACAUUAGAAGACGAUUUAAGGUUGCAAGCAGUCAAAGGGAAUAUUGAACAUACUCAGCCUCCACAUGACUCUGUUAUCCAUCAAUCAUCUUCUAGCAUAUAUGACCUCUAUGACAAUAAUCAAAUUUCUGAAGAAUCUUGAAUCCUAUACGAGCAAGCGCAAUCAUUUUUAUAUCCUUUAGUAUUUGCAUUACGUAUAAUGUUCACAUGUAAAUCAAAUGUUCAACAAUAAGCAAGUGUUGUUUAUAUUUCAAUAUGAGGAUUGUAUAUCUGAAGCAUAUAGUUGCAUAAUCUGAGAAUCUUUUUGAACAA